CUGACAGUGUUCAGUGCCUGCCUGCAGGACGCGGGAGGGUCUGAGCUAUUCGUUGCCUGGGCUCUGGUUUAAUCACCGGCUUCAUCCUCUCCCCAUUUGCGCUCUGCCGAAGCGCAGGGCAGGCGGGUUUGUGCUCCGCAGCCCAGGGAGAGUUAACGCCGGAGCCGGCUCUCCAUUGGCAGCCGGGGGAAGCAGCCCGGGGGGCGGCGCAGCCCUUUCGCUGGAAGUUGGCGGGUCUGCAAGGCGCCUGCCGCCGCUCCGCUCCGGGAGGAGGAAGGAGGCAGCGACUGCUCCCUGCACCGGGGACUCCCGGGGCUAACUUAGCCGGCGCUGGCGGAGCGCGGGCGCGCUAGGAGGAGGCUCCUUUCUGGGCUCGGCGCAGGACGCUCCCGGCCUGGCUGGGAUGCCUGGUCCCCGCGGAGCCGGAGGGAGUGAGCUGGCCCGGGAAGCGCUGCCCCUGCCCGCCUGCUAGGGCUGCGGUGCCGCCCGGCCCGGCCAGCAUGCUCCGCCCGGGCACGCUGCUGCAGUCGCUCGCCCUGCUCUGCCUCUGCCAGCGCCGCCCCGGGCACGUCUGGGGCCGGCUGAUGGGGGGCUCCGGGGAGCUGGCGGCUGCCUGGGACCCGCCGCCGGCCAACAGCUCCGGCGCGGCGCCCUGGUGCCCCUACAAGGUGUUCAGCGAGGGCCAGGCCGGCGGCCGCCUCUGCUUCCGGAGCCCGGCCCGGGACUUCCAGUGCCCGCCGCCCAGCUGCAGGGCGCACCGCUCGCCGGGCCGCGCCCUGGUGGCCAACGUGCUGCGCAACGGCAGCGUCCUGCUGCAGUGGGGGGCGCCCGGCGGGCCGGGCCGGGACCUGCGGGGCUUCGCCCUCAACUGCUCCUGGGACGGCACCUACACCCGCUUCCACUGCGACAGCGUCCAGCUGGGGGCCAGCUGCCGGGACUACCUGCUGCCCGAGGCGCACGGCAGCGUGCGCUACCGCCUGUGCCUCCAGCCGCUCUACCGCGCCGGCGGCCCGGGCGCGCCCCGCGCCGACUGCGUGGAGUUCAGCCUGGAGCCGGCCAGCAUGCGGGACAUCGUCAUCGCCAUGACGGCCGUGGGGGGCUCCAUCUGCGUCAUGCUCGUCAUCAUCUGCCUCCUGGUGGCCUACAUCACCGAGAACCUCAUGCCGCCGGCCUGGGGCCGGGCCGCCGCCGCCGCCCCCAAGCGGGGCACGUAGGGCAGCCGGCGGGGGGCGCCCCAGAGCCGGCGCCUGGAACCGGCCCUAGGGCGCCCUCUGCAGGCGGGGGCACGGAAUCUGCCCUGGAGCUCUAGAGCCGGGGGUGGGGAGCCACCCCUAGACCCCCCAGCCUGGAGCUUCCUCUGCGGCCAGGGGCCUGGAACCCGCCUCUAGAGCCAGGGGGCUGGGAUCUGCCCUGGAGCUCCUUCUGCAGCCAGGGGAUGGAACCAGCCCCUAGAGCCAGGGGGCUGGGUUCUGCCCUGGAGCUCCCUCUGCAGCCAGGGGGAUGGAACCAGCCCCUAGUGCCCGGGCCUGGAGCUCCCUCUGCAGCCAGGGGAUGGAACCCACCUCCCCUGGAGCCUGGGCCUGGAGCUCCCUCUGCAGCCAGGGGAUGGAACCCACCUCCCCUGGAGCUCCCUCUGCAGCCAGGGGGAUGGAACCAGCCCCUAGAGCCGGGGCCUGGAGCUCCCUCUGCAGCCAGGGGCCUGGAACCCUCCACCCAGCUGGGGCAUGGUGGAUCCCUCUCCAUCAAGGGUGGUGAUGGACACUUCUCUUCCUAGCUGACUCCAAAAUGCAUAUUGAUCACAGUGCUGUAGGGGGUAGACUUUGAUUAAAGCGUCACUUUGGGGUUACCAAAGCCUAUAACUUUUCUAUUCCUGUUAGCAGCGACAAGGACAACUUAAAUCCAGAGGAAACCAGUGCCAUCACCCAGAGCAGAUCUGCAGCAACCUGAGGGACCUCAGUGCCAUUGUAUGACUCAAAGAUCUUUAGAGUUGUAUGCGGUAUUAUUUUCCAUAGAGGACUUUCUAUAGAUCGGUCUUAACUAGACCAAGGGAAGUUUUAAAUAGCUAAAGAAAACUGUGUUUAGAAAGAAGCAGGGGAGAAACAGUCACACAUUCAGGUGUCUGGACAUCAGUGUUCUGUGAUAAAGAGCUUAUACUGUGAAAUAUUUGUGAGGUGAAUUUCAUGUUGGUGCCAGGCGCUGGACUGAGCCAUGGAGGUUAGUGUCCUCGGCCCACAGAGCACAGCUGUUCUUUGCAGGUUUUCAGUGGGCAAAUAUGAACUGGGAGAGAUAACGGGAGCAGGAUUUCUGCAUUUCAAGACAAGGCUCUUCUGCUUCCCAUCACCAUCAGGCUGGAUGGCCUCCUUUUUCGCCAGGCACCCGAAGGAGAAGGUGGUCUAGUGGUCAGAGCAGGGGAGCCGGAGUCAGGAAAGCACGGUUCCUAUUCCUUGGAUAAGGACAGGGUAGAUACCAUUGGCUCGCUGACCCAGCCGGAGGUGGCGGCACCAUACCCCAGACAGAAUCCAUGACAGUGGUUGUCGAUCCAGUUCCUGGGACCCAGCCAGAACCCAUGCAAGGAUCAGAUCAGGCAGAGCGGUCAGCAUCACAGCCUGCGCUUACAACUCCACCAGAGUCAGGAGCCAGCACCAAGGAGCUCCAUGGAGCCUGCAGCAGCAGCUAAACUGGUGCAAGGUCAACUGGAGCCUGAAAUACCACCUAGCACACCAGCGGAGAGCAGUUCACAGUCAAUGGAGACACCCACAUCAUCUGCAUCGCUUCGUGUGACCCAGCUGAAGUUCACAACAUAACGAGGAACUAAUGUCUUAUGGAACACCUCCCAGGACGGUCCCUUUUAUAAACCCGGCCCUGGUACCCUUAUUUAAUCCUCCUUCUCGGGGCUAAACGUGGCCUUUCUGGCAUCUUGUCCCUGGGUUUGGAUGUGAGCUGCAGAAUUUGAUCAUGCAAAGCUUUGCCCCCUUUCUAAACUGGAAACAAAGCUGUCGGCCAUCAAGUGCCUCCCUUCAUCCGGCGCAGAGGAGGAAGUUGCUGAGUGCAGCCCAGCCCUUGUCUGCUUCCUAUCUCAGGAAGGCAGAACUCACCAUGGGAGCUGCCUCCCACCACCCCGGCGCUGGCACAGGCAGUUUGCUGAGGAAUCACAUAUGUUGGAAGAGCAGUUUUUGUUCCUCUGCUUUCCUCCCAUUUAGCUGUGAAUUUCCUGCCGCCCGCUCUCCCACCCCAGGCCGAGAGAACACAUGGAUUUAAAUCCCACCUUGGCCGACCUGCAGCUUGCUGUGGAGAGAGGCAGACACAGGAGCCACCUAUCUGCUGGCAGGAUUCACCUGUACUCCGUUCAGGAUGACAGAGACAGGUUGGAGGUGGGGUUUCAGACAAUAAUGAGUGAGGAGCUGGGGGCCUGAGUCGGGAGAGAGGUUAAGAGUUCCUGAGUACGUCUAGUUUGGCUGGGACAGAGCUAAGGCGUGGGAGGCAUGAUGGGCCUGAUUCUCAGUUACUCCACUCCAGUGCACAGAGUAAAGGUGGGGGGAGGGGGUCAGAUGGCUUGAAGGCACCUUUGGGCAGCAUACCUGGGGCAAUACAGGGGCCUGCCCAGCUCCCAUUGCAUAGUAGAGCAUCCUCAGGACUGCUCUGACUUAGACCCUACUUUCUGUUGCUCCCAAAGAGUAGCUAGCUGUAAGCUGAGACUUUAAAGCGCAUCUCCCCUGCAUUGAAAGGGCCGAGUCCGGCAACCCACCCUGCGGGUGGGUAGAUUGCUAUGGACCUGCUAGGGCUUUUACUUUCUCUGUAUCAUUUAACUUGAGUAAUGCUUCCUCCUCCAUCAGCCCUGUUGCAGGACCUCUAUGGGAGCCCUGCUGAGGAAGGAUUACAGGCUUGAGCCUCUGACCUAUCACAUGCCCUCAAAAUGCUGACCGUGACUCCUCCUUGCAAGCUCGUCCCAGGGUAGGUUUGGGUGGGCCAUCCGUUUGCUCUCCAAGAAGCUCUCGUACGGCGUCUGGAACGGUGUGCCUGGAAUAUUAAACAGGCAGGCCCUGGAGUGAGCAGUGGAAGAACAUCUGCUCAGUGAAGGGGUGAGGAGAGAGAGCCCUACUAACCCUUCAAACUGACGAUUAGGUGUAAUAAUGACGCCAGCGCCAGCCACGGCAUCUGUUUGUACUCAGUGAGACAAUAGCAGCAGCCUUCGAAUAGCGCCAUGCUGGAACUCUGGAGCGGUUGUGCCCCCACCCCCACCAGCGUGAUUAGACAGUGCCAAAGCGUGCUUCCUCAAUGAUGAUUUAUCUGUGCCUGCGUCUGUCAGAGUUGGAUGGGAGCUGGGAACAAUGUAAUGGCCACAAUUAAACCACUGGCCACACUUCCAGCUCCAGCAUAUUUACCAUGCUGAUCAGAUAAAUAAGAAAAGUGAGGGAUAAAGGGAAACCUCUCAGGAUAGUCC